CGUUGCUUAGAAUCAGCUCCGCUUCUAUAAUAGACCAAUAGUGUGCGUGCGAUAGUAAAAACCGUUAUCUAUCAUGGCAUGCAGGGUCAAUUCUCAGUAAUCAAGGUCUUUCAAAGUAUAAACGUGAUGCGGUGUUAACGUAAGGUACAUUCCAUUGAUACAAUUUGUCGGAAUCAGUUAUUGCCAAGACGAGUAGAGAUACGUGCGUGUAAUAUUCCAGUAUAUACUGCACAGUAAACAUUUAAUUACUGUCAAUAUUUCGUCACUUGCUGAAUUGCCAUAUUAGUAGCCAAACGCCUUCAAUGGAGUCAAUUUAUUUUGUCGGCGUGGAUGUCGGAACAGGCAGUGCUCGAGCAGCAAUUGUAUCUUCUAAUGGGAAGUUGAUCAAUAUGGCAACCUGUCCCAUCAAGACCUUCAAUCCACGACCUAAUUUCUUCGAACAAUCUUCAGAUGAUAUUUGGUCUGCUGUCUGCAAUGUCGUCAAGACGGUCACUAAAGAUGUGCCUGAGGAAAAAAUUAAAGGUAUCGGGUUUGAUGCUACCUGUUCAUUAGUUGCACUCGAUGAACAUGGAAGGCCUGUGACGGUGAGCCCGACUGGAAACGAUGAACAAAAUGUUAUUCUUUGGAUGGAUCAUAGGGCAGAAGCGGAAUCCGCUUUUAUAAAUAGCACUAAGGACGAGAUGCUCCGAUACGUUGGUGGAAAGAUAUCCCUUGAGAUGGAAACGCCCAAGAUGCUUUGGAUGAAGAAAAAUAUGCCCACUUCUUGGUUGCGGGCAAAAAUGCUGUUCGAUUUACCUGAUUUUUUGACUUGGCGCGCCACUAGAUCUCAAUCAAGAUCUCUAUGCUCCCUUGUAUGCAAAUGGAAUUAUAAAGCAGGGCCUGAUGGAAACAAUGGUUGGAAUGCCGAAUUCUUUAACAAAAUUGGGUUGUCUGAUCUGAGUGAGGAUAACUGGAGGAAAAUCGGUACUCACGUGAAGCCUCCUGGGGAUCCAGUUGCUUUGGGAUUGACGGCAGAAGCUGCAAACGAACUAGGACUCAGUCCCAAAACUCCCGUCGGUACUUCAAUCAUCGACGCUCAUGCGGGGGGACUUGGAAUGAUCGGCUGUAGCGUGCCAGGUGUUCCAAAUAACUUUUCCUCCAGAUUAAGCUUAAUCUGUGGUACCUCAACAUGCCAUAUGGCGAUAAGUGAUAAAGAGAUAACAGUUGACGGUGUAUGGGGUCCGUAUUACAGUGUUAUGAUUCCUAGAUUCUGGCUCAGCGAAGGUGGUCAAAGUGCAACUGGGAAAUUGUUGGAUCACAUAAUUAAUUCGCAUCCUGCUACAGCCUCCAUCAUGCACCAACUAACUGGUCUUCCUCACAGGCAUAUUCAACAAUAUUUGUCGGACCUUCUGAUAUCGCUAGCAAAAAAGAAUUCGCAUCAGGAUGUAGCAUUUCUGACCAGGAACAUUCAUGUCUGGCCAGAUUUCCAUGGAAAUCGUUCGCCGUUAGCCGAUGUAAAACUUCGGGGAAUGGUUUCAGGCCUAUCUUUAUCUUCCGAUCAAGAGGAUCUUGCAGUUCUGUACUUGGCAACUAUUCAAGCCUUAGCGUAUGGAACCAGACACAUAAUAGAAGCGCUCACGCUCUCCGGCCAUAACAUAGAAACUGUCUUGAUUUGUGGAGGCCUCAGUCAAAAUCCUUUAUUCGUUCAGACUCAAGCAGACGUUGUUGGACUACCGGUAUUAAUUCCUCAUGAGCGUGAAUCAGUUUUGCUCGGUGCAGCUAUUCUUGGAGCUUGUGCUGCAGGAGUUUUCCCAUCUGUACAAGAUGCUAUCCGCGAAAUGGGUGGAACGGCGAAUCUCAUAGCACCUAAUGCCCUCUCCAAAAGAUAUCACCAGCAGAAAUAUGAGGUAUUUAAAAAAAUGGUUCAAGAUCAGAAAACAUAUGCAAGUGCGAUGGAUCACGUGCUGGUUUGAAUCAUGAUUUGGGAGAAACGAAAAAUCAACGAAUGGGUGGUAUCGUAUGACACGUUUUUUCAAACUCUUACUAUACCUUGCUCAUUUUUUACUGAACUCGGUGAUUUGGACCGAAAUAGUGGGUUUAGUGUUGAAGCUUAUUAUGUUCUAAAAAUGGUUGUAACUUUUAUUUCAAUAAAAACUCUACUUAUAAAAUAUA